CUUUGGGGGCUCUUCGGAAACGUGAUCACGGUGUUAGUUCUAACCAAGCAAGGUCUUAGAGACACACUAAAUAUCCUCCUGACUUCAAUCGCCGUUUUCGACACGGUCUUUUGUUUUACCCAGCUCCUUCAAGAAGGCAUAUUCAUAUUGAACAAUUAUGACACCCAUGCAGGAAAUAAAUAUCUCAUAGCUUACUUUCAAGGAAUCGUACAGUGGAAUCACCUGGCGCUGACAUCAAGUAUUUACAGCGUCGCUAUCAUCGGAGUCGAACGGCUGAUCGCAGUCUGCUUUCCGUUCCUCGCCGCCAGAAUAUGUACGCCCUACAGAACCAAGUGUCUCGUCGUUCUAACCGAGGUCUUCAUCUUCACGUUCACAUUCCCGCAACUGUUUUUAUUCACCGAGUACAAGUUCCAGAAACACCUGGUCGUUCGUCUGAUUAGAAGCUGGGCGACAAACUCCCACGCCAUGUUCUACUGGAUUUAUCUCAUGCCAUUGGUUCAAGUUAUCCUGCCACUGUGUGUGCUGACCAUUUGCUACUCCGUGAUAGUGGUCAUGUUAAGAACGGCUUUCAAAAAAAAGUCCAAAAUGGCAUCAAAAAUUACGAAAUCCAAAAAGUUGAAAGAACUUAAAAUUUUCCGAUUGUUAUUUACCCUAAUGACAUUGGCCUUGAUAUCAUUUUUACCAGCAGUAUUGAUGUCGAUGACCCUGUUCUCCACCAAAGCAUCCGGUUUUGUAUUGAAUACUGACAGCUUUGACUUUAUUCAAAUUUUGGUUAAGUUUUUUUCCCACUUAUUCCCGUCGGCGAAUUUUAUCAUCUAUGUCACUCUUAGCUCAAAGUUUGCAGCAACGUAUCGC